AUGCGCGAUUGCCUCAAGCUCAUCAAAUACCACCAAAUCGACCAGAAACAAGAGACUUCAUCCCUCCACGCAAGCGAGAGCGCCAUGGCUUCGCCCGCGCACGAUCCGCCGUUUGUUUCCUCUUACAGUCCGACCAAGCCAGAGGGGUUGGAGACUGAAUUUCUUCAGCUGCGAAUGCGGUGCAAGGUCCACACCUCGGGCACAUGA